UCAGCAUUUGAGCUGAUCUGAACCCGCUCACGUGUGUAACCUGAGAAACCCCACCGGCUCUGAAAGGAGGACGGAGGCUGCAGCAGCGGGCUUGUGCGGGGCACCGGCGCGCCAGCUGGGCGAGCCUGGCGUGCCGCCAGGAGAGCAAAUACAUGCGCCUUUGCUCUUUGCCGUGUUGACACGUGCUGACGUGUUUGUUAGUGUCAUUAGGGUUUCGUACACCCUUUGUAGGGUGGCGUGACAGGCCCUGGCUGUGAGGCCCUGGCCUGCUGCCGUGGGCAGCCCUCACUGACGCUGGCCCUGGGUAGCCACCAGCCUAUGCGGUGCCUUGACAGCGUGUUUGGGUGAGUCAUCUGGGCGAGCGGGCAAGGAGGACCACCAGCUAGCUGUCUGAGUGGGAGACUGGCAGCCCGUCCUGGCUGGCAUGUUACAAACGACCCGAUGCCGAGGAAGCAGGAGCUGCACCGUGCACUUUGUCAGCAAAGGCUCAGGAGAGGUCUGGGAACUGCAAACGUUUCCCGUAAGCUACCGGUCUGUAGGUCAUGAAUUCUUCGUUAAAGGGUUGCAGAAAUGAUUCAGAGAAACGAACAAGGGUGAGACUGCUGCAAACUGUUCACACCAAGCCAAAGGCAAAACAAAGAAGCGUGGAAUAAAUUAUUUUGUGCCAACAGAGCUUCAACAAGUGCUGGAUGCAGAAUUGCUAAACAAGGGCAAACAGACUGAUGAAAGCAAGAAUUUCAUUUUGAUAUUCCUUCCACGGAAGACUGGCUGUAACAAAGCACCCCUUGCCAUGUUUCAUUGAAACAAUCUUCAAUGCCCCUGUAUGAAGAGGGAGAGGAGGGACACCAAGAAAAGGGGCACAAUGCUCUCCCCCAAAUCUUCUAGGAGGUUAGGGCAAGACUGGCAAACAACGGGGGCAGCUGGAAGCCUCCAGAAUCUGAAGAAAUUUAAUAAUCAGGACUUCAGCCUCCUGCGAGCCUCGUGUCUGAGCCAAGGCCUGCUGUUUGAGGAUGCCACCUUCCCAGCUCAUGUCAGCUCCAUUGGUCCCAACCUACUCCCAGAGGACAAGCUGUGGCGUAUACAGUGGAAGAGGCCAACUGAGCUUCAGAGAAAUCCGCAAUUGAUCAUGGAUGGAGUGAGCAGAUUUGACAUAAUGCAAGGAGAAAUAGGUAACUGCUGGAUGCUGGCUGCCCUGGGCUCCCUGACGCUGCAGAAGCGAUUUUUGGAAAACGUUUUACCAAAGGAUCAAGGAUUCCAGGAUGAUUAUGCUGGUAUUUUUCAUUUCCGGUUCUGGCAUUUUGGAGACUGGGUGGAUGUAGUGAUAGAUGACCGGCUGCCUUUGCUAAAUGGGAGAUACCUGUCUGUACAUCCUCGAACAUCAAACGAAUUCUGGCCAUCCUUGCUGGAAAAAGCAUAUGCCAAAUUGUGGGGCUCCUACCAGAACUUGCACGGAGGAUACAUUUCCAAUGCUUUAGUUGACUUCACAGGUGGAGUCCAAGUACAGUUUUCAUUAAAGGACCCUCCUUCUGAUCUGCAGAAGAUACUGAAAGCAGCUGACAGAUCACAGUGUCUGAUGGGGUGUAGCACCUCAGGACAGUUGAGGAACAUAGAGCUGAGAAAUGGGAUUGUGCAGGGUCACGCCUACACUGUCACAGGAGCUACGAAGAUACGCUACAAGAAUGGCUGGGUGUAUAUCAUCAGGAUCUGGAAUCCUUGGGGGCAUGGGGAAUGGAAGGGCCCCUGGAGUGAUGAGUCUCCCGAGUGGGAUCAUGUUGAGCCUAAAUACAAAGAAGUCCUCUACAGAGAAAAAAACGAUGGAGAAUUCUGGAUGUCCUGUGAAAACUUCCAGGAGCACUUUUCCUGGCUGUAUAUAUGCAACAGUACCCCAACGUUUUUGGACUUUGGAGAUCAGAACCGCACAACAUGGACUGUGGACAGGCACAUAUCCCAGCAGAGUCCAGCGCUCACCGCAGGCAGGAACAACUAUUCCCCUGGUACGCUUUUGAGGAAGUCUCGGUAUUUCUUCAAAGUGACAGAUUAUGACCCAAAAACCUAUAAUGUGGUCAUUUCACUCAUACAAAAACAUGCUGCUAAUACACUGGAUGCACAGAAAUUGAAGACUGGCUUUUUGAUCUUCAGGGAGAAUUCCAAGGUUCUGAAACAAGAUUUUGCCCUGGCCCGAGAUGUGACCAACUACUUUAUCCUGAGCCCAGGAACGUAUGCUGUCAUUCCUGUUGCAUCAGAAGACCAAGAAUUUGAAUUUCUCUUACGAAUUUUCCUGAAGAAUCAAGACUACAAUGGGGAGCCAGACUUCCCACUCAGCCCAGUGCUGCCACAGAAUGAACUAAGACUCAACCAAGACAGCCUCUAUAAGACUAUCUUCCUAAGAUACGCUAAUCAGGGCUCAACAAUUGAUGCCUCACAGCUGCAACAACUCCUUAAUGAAGAGGUCCUGCAAGAUGAAAUGGCCAUCCUGGGAGGAAGAUUCAGCUUCGAUUCGUGUAGAGGCAUUUUAGCUCUGAUGGAUCUCAACUCUAACGGAAGACUCACGCUGCAGGAGUUUGGGAGCCUCUGGAGACAUCUUGCUAAGUACACGGAUAUUUUCAAGAGGGAAGACAGAAAUCACUCUGGAUUUCUUGAUGUGUCUGAACUGAAGAGUGCGAUCCUGACAGCAGGCCUGACCAUCAACGAGCAUCUCCUCCGGCUGAUAGCCCUGCGGUACGGUGAUGCCACCAGGAGAAUCGGCUUCUCCGACUUUGCCUGCUGCAUGCUCCGCCUGGAGACCAUGACCUAUGCAUUUCAAAACCUAGCAGAGGGUGGACCACAGCUUUCGAUGACCGCAGUGGAGUGGCUGACUCUUGUCAUGUACUCCUAAAGGAAUGCCAAGGCUCAACAAGGCUGGUGCCUUUGUGCUUCUCGGCAGGACGCAGCCCAAGGCUGUUCCAUUCAAGAGCCAUCAAUGGGGAUCUCGAAAAAACAAACACUGUGAAGGGGUGAACUGGAUUUUCUUGUGGACAUUUGCUUAUACUUGACGGUAUUCAGAUGUCUGGAUAGGGAUUGCAUCUCAGGCAAACGGGAAUCGGUCUAGAGAGAGAGGAUGGAGACAAAGAAAUAGAUCCAUGGGAAAACUAGGAGUACCUAACUGUACUUAAUGGGUUCAGGCAGGCUGGAAAUGCUAACUGUCAGCUCCUUCUCUCAUCCUCAUGUAAAGAAUAUGGCAGAUUCUCCUGGCUAACGCAUGGAAGCCAGGAACAGCUCCACUAACUCUGUUGCAAGUAAGAACAGAAUCCGGCCUUUUAUUUGUAAAGAGUGUCUAUUGCUCAGGUAACAAAAACAAUUAUGACAUAGCCCCAUUUCUAAAUGCUAGAAAAAGAUUGAAGAAAUUAAUCGGCGAUCUUAAAUAACACCAGGGCUUUGCAAUGUCUGUUGCUUUUUAUUAGAAAAGUAUCUUGUCCAUAUUUAAAGUUUAUCAGCUGCAGAGAUUACAUUUCAUUUGCCAUGGCAAUGAAGAGGAGUAUUAGACAUGCAGAAUGGAUUGUUAAUUAGGCUUUUUUUGAUUUCCAGCAGAUAAACUUGUCUCUUCCCAGUCAGUUCUUAUUUAUCAGAACUGUAUUCUCUUUCUCUGUCCUGAUGUCUUUAAAGCUGUAGCGCUUCUUCAGAUAUAUUUCUUGUUUAACUUAAAUCUGCUAAAUAACUAUAACCUUUUUGUAGCCCAUACACAAACUCUGCUUUCAUACUUUUAUCAUGAUGAUAAAAGCAAACCUAGUGAUUUAUUCCACUCAACUACUAAGAAAAAAAAUCCCUGAAAACUAUUUGUGAAAAAUGCCAAAGAGAAGGAUGCAAAUGUCAAUGGAUGAAAGCCAUUCAGGGUUGUCAUGGAAAUAUCAUUCAUUCCACAACCUACAGCACAAGUUUCCAUCAUGCCUUCCACAUAUAAGCAACAGAUUUGCUCAUUUGGCAGUGAGACAUUACAUGCUGGAUCAACAGCUCUGUUAGAAGACAAAGAAGGGCCCUGCCUCUCUGUUAGGCUAUGAUCAGUCAGAUGCAGUGUCCACGUGCUGCAGCUUGCGGAACAUUACUCACAUAAGGAGGUCUUACAUAAGCUGUAAUUUCAAACUUUAACAGAAAACGUGGGGAAGGCGGAAAGGGAAAAAUCAGCAAAAUCAGACAAUUUCAAUAGUUUUCAGUCAUUUCUAAGCAAACCAAUUCUUUUUCCAAAGUGUGACUUAUGCAAUCCAACUGAAAUCCAAAAUGUUAAGAAAGGUGUCUGAAAAUAAAAAACAGUUGAUAAAGAAAAAAGACAAUUAAAACAGGCGGUCAUGGAAAAAUAAAUAUGCUUUGCUAAAAAGGCAUAUUAGCAAAUUUGUUUCAGAGAAGUAUGCUUGUUUAAUUUAGCCUAGGAUUUCAAAAAGUGUAGGUAGAAAUGUGAAACUACUUUUGUACAACGUACUGUCAUGCAGUACAGGGAUGCUCAAGCUGGCUUAAAGCUGCUGGGAACAAGCUAUUUGCAGCUACACAGAAUUCACCAUGGGUUCUUACCCUGCCAGGUAAGUUGUGUAAUUCAGUUCAAGUCAACAAGCCUAAACACGUUUUUGUUGCUUGAAAGUCCUAUCUAUAACAAUAGUAAGCAAGCUGUUGAAUCUUAAGAUGAGUGCAUUAAGAUCUGUCUUAAAGAUCCUAAUUUGCACACAAUAUAUUACUUUUCCUUUUGUUAUCAUGCAUAAUUGCAUUUCUAUGGAAGGUAAUUCUGCCUGUCAUGAGACAAAGAUCCUUGCCUCUGAUAACUUGGUCUUGCCACGGGCUGACAUAUUUCUACUUUAUUAAAAAAUCCAGCAGCAGACACCACACAUCCCAUGUGAGAAACAUCACUGAUGUACAGGGCUGAAAUUUCCAAAUCAGCCUACACAUGUUUAAAAAAGUAGUUUAUCGUAGCUUUCAUAAACCUAUCUCCCAGAUUUUCAAAGACAUUUAGAUACUUAAUAUGAAGAUGGGAACAACUGGGAUUUUGAAACAUUGCAGCUGUGGAUGCUGCUCGCCAGGGUCCAUCUCUGGGCUGCAUCAAGCUGACCUUCAUGCCCUUGCACUGCCAUUAAUGUAAGGCUGGCUCUUAUGCUUGGUACUAUGUGUGGACUUUGGUCUCUGUAGCCAGGGGUCUUCAGGAUGAACCCGCAGUCCCUUUGGGUUUGUGGGUUGGAGCCUGCAUGCUGAUAUUGCACUGUGGCAGAAAGUAAUAACUCACUGUUGUCAAGCCGAGCAUGGCUGCCUGUCUGUAGCUUUAGAAGAAUUGGUAUUCCACUUGAUUUAUACUUCCAGCCAAGCUAAUUAAGCAACAAUUCAGGAGGAAUCCAUCAUUGUGACAGACUUGUUGAUUAACCAUCCCACAAGCAAAGUCAAGGGUGUUUAGUAGCCUGAAAAAAAAAGAGGUCAAUAGGGAGAAAAACAAUGAUUUGGCCAUAAUACUGGCCAAAUGUGACUAUUAUUUCCAAAAGCAACAACAAGUUUAAUACAGUUUGCAAACACAGCAGCCAAUAUUAAAAAUAAAGGCAGCUCAGAUCAACUGUGUGGUACAUAAAGAGAGAAAACUUCCAUGCCUCAGAUAACUUUAUGUGAUUAAGCUGUGAAGGCCAGCUUUAUGGUCACCCUUUUAAAAUCUCUACGUACCUUCAUCUGUGUUUGUUAACUCUGAAAUUUUAGUGCAGCCCCUGUUAGGUUUCUGACAUUUUUGGAUAUUAUCUCUAAGAAUUAUGAUAAUAUCUGCUCUAUUUUUUUUAAUGAAAAACAGCUUCUAGUCCUUGGGGACACAAGUUUGAGAAGGCCUAAGAAUGUCCCCUAGUGGAAAUCAGAGAAAGGGACUUCAAACAAAUGCUUUAUUUUGAAAUCUUCAUGAGGUUAAGAACCUCAAGAGGGUAAGAUUAUACUGAAGUAGAUGAGACUAGUGGAGCCGAACUCCUUAGGGUUGGAGAUGCGAAAAAUAGCUGGUGAAAUUAGGUGGGAUCCAAGGAAACCAUUAGUGUCAAAGGGGCUUUGGUGCCUAAGUGUCCACAGCUAACCCUGCAAGCACCUACCUUUGAAUGCAGAUCCUGAAAUCCUGGUGUUCCCUGCCUGGGUCCUGGAGGUCUGAUAUCUGGAGCCGCCCAGCAGAAACCAUGCCUAAGUCAUCUCAGAGCAGACAGAGAAGGAGCCCCUCCACUUGUCUUGCCUACAGGGCCUGAUCCUAUGCGUGUUGUAGGAGCGGGUGGCCUGCGUGCAGGCUUUCCCAGAAGGCAGAGGCACCAGAGGAUUUGUCCCUGCCACCACCACCUUUGGGUGUCCCUACAGGUUACUCAAAGGAGCAGUGCUCUAGAUGUCUCACAGUGAAACUAUUACAAUUUAUAUAGAUUCACUUUUCCAGACAAAAAGAGAGUACGUUAUUCCAAACUUCCUUCUCAGCUGAGAGGAGGGAAGAGGGGGUUCCUCCCUGGCUGUUAACCAGGGGCUGCUGCUUGCAGAUCAUUUCCUGCCUCCAGCCGCUUUCCAGGAUCCACCCUGUAAUGGGCAACUUUAUCCAGGUCACUUCAGUCAGCCUGGUUUUGCUAGAUCCCAUGGGGUUGUCACAGCAUGUCCAAGAUGAUGGAUAACAGCCCAGAUAUUUCCACUGUUUUGUUAUAAAGUGAAGCAAGCCUUUAAAAUGUGAACUAAUUAUUAAUGCUAAUGCUGUUUUUUGUUUUAAACAAUAAAAGAACCACAGCAAUCUUGA